AAGGGAAAACUAGCCAUGGACUCCACCCCGCUCCAGCCCCGACCCCAACCCCAACCCCAACCCCUUAAACCCUCUGCCUCCAAGCUCCCAAUCAAACGCAAAGCCCCUUUUCCACAGCACCACCAUCAAUUCCUCACCCCAAUUCCCCAACCCCUCGCCUUCUCUCCCCUUGAUCACUCCCCGCCCUCUUCCUCCGCCCCCAAACCCAGACUCCCUCCCUUCAAAUUCCACCGCAUCUGGACCGAGCCUGACGAGAUCAGCUUCCUCCAAGGCCUUCUCCAAUCCCAUGGCCUCUCUUUCCCCAAGGACCUCCCCAUUUUUUACUCCAACUUCUCCAGCUCCAUCUCCCAACCUUACUCUAGGUCCCAACUCUCCGAAAAGCUUAGACGUCUCCGGAAGAAGUUCCGCGUCAUUUCUUCUAGGCUCGCUCGCGGGCUCAACCCAUCUGCUCUCUCACCUCAUGAUCAAGCUUUGUUUGAUCUUUCUAAACGGCUUUGGAGUCCUGAGUUUUCUUCCACCUCCCCUUUCGGUAAGAGCUCUUCCGGCUUUAAUCUUGGGUUUUCACUAGAUCAUGAGAACAAUGGCAUUGGUGAUGGGAAUGAUUUUGAGGAUUGUGAUCUGAUUGAGAAUGAUGGGGAAUUAAAGAUGAAUGAGGUUAAUGUGAAUUGUGAUUUUGGUGGGGGUAGAGAUGAGGUGGUCAAUGAUGGGCAAAUUGAUGGGAUCGUGGCAAAAAGCGUGCUGGAUGUGUUUGAUGAGUGUUUUAAAGAGGUUGGGAUGGUUUUCGGAAAGCAAGGUUUGGUUUGGUUGGAUACAAUGGAGAGGAGGUGGAAGGAGCAAAGGAUUUCAGAGUUGGACGUGUUGGGGAGGCGGUUGAGGCUGGUUAUCGAGAAUUCUCUGACUAGGCGAUGAGUAUUUCUUUCAAAAAAAAAAAUGGAGAAACGUUGCACAUCCGUUGAUAUAAAAGUUUGUAUAUUCCAGCCCAAUGUAUAUAAAUUUUCAGGUUGGUUUACAUUCCAAUGCGUUUUCAUACGGGAGUCCUAAGUAAAUAAAAUUUUUAUUUUUACAUUGU